AUGGCGACAGCAGAACCCUCAUGUGAUGUCUGUCAACUCCAGAAUAUCUCUAAAUCAGCAGCAUCAUGGUGUUCCGAAUGUGAAGAAGCUAUUUGUAUCGAAUGCGAUGAUCUUCACAGCCGUAGGAAAUCAACAAAGAAUCAUAAAACAAUAGCGAUUAGAGACUACCAAAAGCUUCCGCAAUAUGCACUAGAAAUCAAACACCGCUGCAGUAUACACGAAGAGAAAUAUGAAUUUUAUUGCACCAACCAUGUUUCUCUAUGCUGUGUCAAAUGUGUAAAACAAGAUCAUAAAAAAUGUGAGAUCGAUUCUCUUCGAGAUGUUGUACAAAAUAUAAAAACAUCGUCAUCUGUAACAAAUAUCGAGCAAAAUUUGUCUGAAAUUCAAACCAUUUUUCAAAAGAUAAGGUACGAAAAAAGAAGUAACUUAAAGCAUAUUGACGAGAAAACUACAACCUACCUGAAAGCAAUAGCAGAUCUAAGGAUACAGAUCAAUUCUCAUCUGGACUCCUUGGAAUUAGAAAUGACCAAGAACUUAAAAGAGAAGCAGCUUGAGGUGAAGACAACAGUUCAAGGUUUUAUUUCUAUAAUAGAUAGUAAAGUUAAAAACGUUGAAAAAGCAAUUGAAAACAUUAUUCAGAUGAAAAUUCAUGCCACAGAUUUACAAAUAUUUUUAGCUCUUCAUGAGAUCGAAAAGGAUGUCGAAAGGGAACUUUCAUAUAUCAAAGACCUUAAAACUAAACCUGAAAUGAAAACAUUUGAUGUACAAUUUAAAGUAUCAAAUGGUCUAAAAUCGAUGCCAAAAGACGUGAAAAUUUGGGGUGAUAUUUCCAUCAAAACUUUUGACAGUCCCGUGUGUACAGAUGUUGCUACAGAAAAACAAGCUCAAAUCAUAUUACCUGGCAAAAGAAGAGAAUAUGUUACAGAUAUACACUCAAUUACCUUAAAGAAAAAUACUUCGUUUAAAGUUCAGAGUGAGCAUUGCAAGUUGACCGGGUGUGAGAUUUUACCUGGUGGGGACGUAUUGUUGGUAAAUCAGUCAAACAAAACAAUUCUGAUGUAUAAUAAAAGUGGGAAGCGUAUUAAAAAAUUUAAACUGCCAUGGACACCUUUCGAUAUUACCUAUAUGGAUAAUGAUAUGAUUGCAAUUUCGUUAGUUGAAGAAAAGUUAGUUUGUACCUUUAAUACUGAAAACGAGCAAUUAGACACAAUAUACGAGUCUCAGGAGAAGGUAUAUGGCAUAGCAUACAAAGACGACAAACUGUUCAUACGUAAUGGAACUAUAAGUAUCAGAAUUUUAUCAGUAUCGGGAUUAUUUAUCUCAGACAUCGAAUUCAGAAGCACUUCAACAGCACAUUUGUGCGUUGGAAGUUUUGGUCAGAUUUAUUAUCCAAUCGAACGGGAAAAACGUGUAGUAUGUUGUGAUAGACAAGGGAACACUCAGUGGACAGUAACAAAUGAUUUACUAACGAAAGUAUAUGGUAUUACAUGUGGAUUAAACGAUGUAGUGUUUGUUGCUGAUUAUGCUGGUGGUAUCACCUUGAUAUCAUCAGACGGCCAACAAAGUAAACGUAUCUUAGACACAAGCAGUGGACUCAAUCGUCCGUAUUGCGUUCAGUUCAGUGAUAAAUUUAAUCAAUUGUUAGUUUGUAGAAGUAAUGGUCAGGUAUUCUUAUACGAUGUUCAGUAA